AUGCAUUCAGUUCUAGUUACCAUGCGGCAUUUGCCAUUAUCCAUGAAGCUCCCGUUAGCCAAUUCCAAAGUGGUUAGGAUCGCUAAGGAGAAAGUGAAGCACCUUCAUGUGUUUCUGUCCAUGAGGCUUGGUUCCAUCGCCAAAUGUGCAAACUAUUUUUUCAGACGCUUUUACAUGUUCUUCCAAAGCAAUCCUUUAUUACUUCAGCUUAUUUACUUCAUGUCAACAUCCUUUGCUGGUUUCCUUGCUCUGAAGAAUCUCAAGCCACAGCAUAAGCCAACUCCAAGGAACCUGGACCUCAUCUUCACCUCUGUGUCCACAUUGACAGUCUCAAGCAUGGCAACAGUCGAGAUGGAGGACUUCUCUGACCAGCAGCUCUGGGUUUUGAUCCUUCAGAUGCUAUUGGGAGGAGAAAUCUUCACUUCAAUGCUGGGGCUGCUCUUCAAUAAUGCUAGGGCCAACACAGACAAUAUCCUCCAGAAAAGAUUGCCUUCAACAUGCAGGGACAUUGAUUUCUCCGAUGCUGUAAACAGAAGUUAUCAGAAUAAUAUAGGAGACAUUCAUUCAGAAGCAACCGUAUCACAUAACCAGGUAUCAGAAAGCAAAGGCGUGAAUCAGUACUUUUGCAGUAUUUUGGCUUAUGUAGUGGCAGGAUACUUCGUAGCAGGCAUUGUUUGCAGCUCUCUAGUCGUUAUUAUUUACAUUUGGACUGAUUCAGAUGCAAAAUAUCUGUUGAAGAGUAAAAAUAUCAAAAUAUGGACGUUCUCCAUCUUCACAGCAGUGUCCUCAUUUGCAAACUGUGGCUUCACUCCGAUAAAUGAUAACAUGGCAAUAUUCAGAAAGAAUUCCGGUCUUCUCCUUCUGGUUAUCCCACAGAUUCUAGCAGGCAACACAUUGUUCGCACCACUCUUGCGCCUAAGCAUAUGGGCCUUGGGAAAGAUCAGCAAAAGAGAAGAGUAUGCCUACAUUCUUCAGCAUCCAGAGGAGACUGGCUACAGGCAUUUGCAACGACAGAAGAAUGCUGUCAACCUGGUUCUGACUGCUGUGGGGAUUAUUUUGCUGCAAGUGAUGUUUCUUUGCUAUUUUGGAUGGGACUCGAAGCCCUUUGAGGGAUUGAAUUGGUUCCAGAAGCUGGUGUGUUCACUGUUCCAGAGUGUGAAUACAAGACAUGCAGGUGAAGCUGUCAUUGACAUCUCAAUCCUUUCUCCACCAAUAUUGGUGCUAUUUGCUCUUGUCAUGUACUUUCCUUCGGAUAAUUCAUCUGAUGACCAGAUCUCGACAGAUAAAAGAGAAAAUUCGAACAGCAGGCCAUUAUGGAAGAAUUUCAACAUUAGCCAGCCCGCUUGGUUAGCAGCAUUCAUAAUUUUUGCAUGUAUAACAGAAAGAAGGUCAAUGUCACUCGAUCCACUAAAUUUCAACAUCUUCAGCAUAGUAUUCGAAGUGGUCAGUGCAUACGGCAAUGUAGGAUACUCACUGGGAUACAGCUGCGAGAGAUUACUGAAACCCGACGCAGAUUGCAAGGCUGUUUCGUAUGGGUUUGUCGGCAGAUGGACCGACGAAGGUAAACUGAUAAUCAUCUUGGUGAUGAUCCUUGGGAGGCUCAAGAAGUUCAGCCUGAAAGGAGGAGAACCAUGA